AUGAAAUUCACACAGUUGGCUUCUAUCCUUGCCGCGGGAUUUGUGGCAGCCGCGAAGGCGCUAGAUGAGUCUCCGAUCCCUGGGUAUGGUGUUCAGGAGCCGUCCUGGGAGGUUGAGACGGCUCCAGGAGGACCCAAGGUCAUCCUCAAUGGAACAGUCCAGCAAGUCCACGCGCAGCUGUUAGAGAUCAACCCCAACUACGACGAUGACUUUGCCACAGUGUUGGACAAGAGGGAGGUGACGGCAUUUGGCAAACGGGACGACAUCAAGUGCAACAAUUGGCCAAAGGCACGACGGGGUGACAUCGAAGCCGGUAUCAAACACUUGCGGGGGGUCUCUGGACAGCCGUCCAACGGACCUGGACCUGGAAACUGUGGACGAGUGAGCUGCUCGUGGGGCGCUGCCAUCUGGUGGUGCAAUGAUAACACAUUCACGAAGACCCUCCCCAGCUUCAACAAUAUCGCGGAUGGAGCACAGGUCAUCCUCAACAAUUGCCAAAGAGGAGGUGUGAAGCUCUCCGGCCAGGACUUCCAUUCGGACAACUGGAAUGUGAUUGUCCGGGGAGACAGCUGCUAG